AUGUCGUACCCUCAGGGCUUCCUGUUCCAGCCCCACGCGCCUCUGGCUCUGCACUCCUCCUUCGGCUCCGGCCUCCUCCUGGGAGCGCGCUCGAGGAGCUCGGCCGCUCCGCGUCCGGCUCCGCCUUCGCUCCACCCCGCCUACAGGAAGAACGCCACGGAUGCCACGGCCACGCUGAGCUGGCUUAGCGAGCACCGGAAGAACCCUUACCCCACCAAGGGCGAGAAGAUCAUGCUGGCCAUCAUCACGAAGAUGACCCUGACGCAGGUGUCCACCUGGUUCGCCAACGCCCGGCGCCGGCUGAAGAAGGAGAACAAGAUGACGUGGACGCCACGGAACAGGAGCGAGGACGAGGAAGAGGAGGACAACAUCGACCUGGAACGCAACGAAGAGGACGAGGAGCCACUGAAGGCGAGCAGCGAGGAGACGGAGCCGAAGCGUGAAGCUGAUUCCCGCAGUUUGGCGUUCAGAGAGGACGGCGGCAGCGACGCCGAUCGAGGAUUCGACGAGCUGGACUUUAAGGAUUCCCCCGUGGACCGGAGACCCGUGGACAUGUCGGCGGACCCUCCUCGGAGCGCCCCCACUCUGAGCGUCUCGCUCAGAGUGCUGGAGGGGACGCGCACGCCGAGCCCGCGGUCUAAGGAGCGCCCCUGCGGCACACCCAGGGAGCGUGGGGCGGGACAGCAACGGACCCCGUUCCCCCACGGCCCCGCCUUGCCCCGACACUUCUAUUACGCCUCCCCCUUCAUCCCCGGAUACUCCGCCUACGGCCCCCCGGGGCCCCUGCACAGCGGCGCCUCGUCGUUAAACGGAUUACUGCAGACGGCGGCCCGAGACCGCCGGCUGCGCUGCCAGAGCCAGUUGGAGCCACACGAGCACAGCAGAGGCACGGCGAACGUGUAG